AGGCCACUGCAAUCGAUGUGCUCGACGGGCGACUUUUUCAUCCUGAAUCAGGACCAUGAAUGGAUUGCAGAGAGAAUCGAGCGGCGUGUGGAGGUAAACAUGGAGAAGAACGUUGGGUCGCUGCAGGAGCAGGCUAUGAAGAGGAAAGAGAGGCUAAAGGCGCUCAGAGAUAAACAGCUUUAUGGGCGAGAUCAGGAAGAUGGGGAGCCAGAGAACAAAAAGGCCACGCUGGAGGAGACCACUGAACAGAAGCACAGAGAGCUGAAACUGAGGAAUUAUACCCCAGAGGACGAAGAGCUGAAGGAGAGGCAGGUGCCCAAAGCCAAACCUGCAUCAGUGGAAGAUAAAGUAAAAGACCAGCUAGAGGCAGCUAAUCCAGAGCCCAUCAUUGAAGAAGUGGAUUUGGCCAACCUUGCUCCAAGAAAGCCAGACUGGGAUCUAAAGCGUGAUGUGGCAAAGAAGCUGGAGAAGCUGGAGAGGAGAACACAGAGAGCCAUCGCCGAGCUCAUCCGGGAUCGUCUGCGAGGCAGUGAGGAAGAGUUAGCCGGAGCAGUGGGAGCAGUCAGAGAAGAGGAGGGAGACUCGGACUGAAUCCAAAAUGUGACAGGAGAAAAGAGAAGACAACAACAACAACAAGGAUGGCCUCAGUUUACUGACGCUGUACCGUCACGUCUGUGCUGCGUGAACAGAGACGCCUGGUUCCAUCGAGUAAAGUCAUGUUUCCUGUCCUCGUGUUGUUACAUGUGAAUAUGUAGUAACACAUUCUGUAUAUGUGGAUAUUGAGCUGCAUUGUUUAUGCAAUAUUUUGUUGUAUUUUUAUAUCAUCAAGUAAAAUAAUGUGGAUUUUUCAAACGCC